CGGGUGAGGGGCGGCGGGGCCAGCGGAGGGACCGCCGGCUUGGAGCCGCCGCGUUCCGAGGGCACCGGAGGCUUCAGCUGUCGCCCCUCACCCCGGGAUCGCCCCCAGGCCCGGCGCCGCUAUGUGCACCCUGGGGCUGUUCCCGCCGCCGCCUCCCCCUGGAGAUGUCACCCUGUACGAGCUCAACAACGCCCUGGUGUGCGGCCGCCUCAGCGAGCAGCUCCCGCUGGCCUUCCAGAGCCAGGUGCCCGAGCUGCCCGUGCUGAGCCUGCCCAAGGAGCCUCUCAAAGCUCACGGCCGCCUGGAGCCCAGCGCCCGCCCACCCUUCAUCCACCAUCGCGAAUCCCUCUGGAAGCGCUGCCUCAGCGCCUGGCGCGACGCCGGGCUCUGCGGGCUGCUCAGGGAGCUCGCCAGCGCCGAGGAGGAGGGGCUGCGGUGGCUGCGGAUGGGCUCGAGCCACGCACUGGCCGUGUGUCGCUGGCUGUCCUCGCUGCACGGAUCCCUGUUCCCACACCUCUCUCUGACCAGUGAGGACAUGAUUGCAGCCUUCUCCCAGGCYGUGGAUUGGGCCRGCUGCACCGUCCGGGCCUUCGCCUGGCACCCCCACACCAACAAAUUUGCUGUGGCUCUUCUGGACGAUUCCAUCCGUGUCUACAACUCCAACAGUGCCACUGUGCCCUCGCUGAAGCAUCGCCUGCAGAGGAACGUGGCUGCCAUGGCCUGGAAACCUCUCUGUGCCUCCAUCCUGGCUGUGGCCUGCCAGAGCUGUGUCCUCGUGUGGCACCUGGACCCCACCUCCCUCUCCACAAGGCCCUCAUCUGGCUGUGCCCAGGUGUUGUCCUACCCCGGGCACAGCCCUGUCACCAGCCUGGCCUGGGCACCCAGCGGGGAGCGGCUGCUCUCGGCCUCACCGGUGGACACAGCCAUGCUGGUGUGGGACGUGUCCACUGAGAGCUGUGUCCAGCUGCAGUGGUUUGGGGGUGGCGGUGUCACCUUCUUGGCCUGGUCCCCUGAUGGCAGCAARGUGCUGGCAGCCACCCCCUCUGCUGUGUUCCGGGUGUGGGAGGCUCAGAUGUGGACSUGUGAGCGCUGGCCCACCAUCAGGGGACGCUGCCAGACAGGCUGCUGGAGCCCCGAUGGCAGCCGGCUGCUCUUCACCGUGCUGGGCGAGUCCGUCAUCUACUCCUUGUCCUUCUCCGAGUACCGGGGGGAGAUGCAGGGGCAGGUGGGAGGCUCCAAAACGGCCUCGAUCGUGGCAGACCUAUCUGAGACCAUCUUUGAGACCCUCUACGGGGAGGAGAGGAUCGGAGGAGAGGUUCAUUCCAUGGUGUGGGACCCCACUGGGGAGAGGCUGGCAGUGAUCAUCCGAGGACCCCCCGACUCUGCGGGCAGCCAGGUGACCAUCGCCGUGUUCCGCACCCGCAACAGCCCCGUCUUCGAGCUGCUGCCCUGUGGCUUCGUGCGGGGUGAGCGUGGCGCCCGGCCCCAGCUCAUCUCCUUCCACCCCAGCUUCCCUCAGGGUGCCCUCCUGACCGUGUGCUGGUCCUCCGGGAAGAUCUCCCACAUCCCGUUUUUCUUCGUCAGCGCCCUGGAGCCCCAUGGCAGCCCCCGCCGCAGCCCCGUGCCCGUGCUGGGCAGUGUGAGAGAGCAGCCCCUGUUCUCUGAGCUCUGAGCCCAGCCCAGGGCCUGGAGCCUCAUCUUCCUCAUCUUCUUCAUCUUCCUCCAGGGACCUCCUGGAUGCUCUCCCUCAUCUCCCUCCAGGGACCCCUGGGUGCCUCCAGCUCCUGCUGGGUGUCUUGCUGCGCCGGUGUUGUGCCUAUUAAAAGUGGAUUUUUC